UUUUUUUGGUCCGGUCUCCUUGGAUACCGCUCCCGGUGACAACCUGUCUGCGCCGUCUCCUUGGCGACGGGUCCGGCUGUUAAUUAUUUCAGGCUCCUUUUAAGGAUGCGCUCCUGUCUCUGUGUGACUGGCUGCUUGUGUCUCUAUCCCGCAGCUGGACAUGAAUUAAUCAUGAGGACACAAGGCCUCUCUGUUUCUAUAACAAAGCUGUGACAUCACCACAUCACACACUCGCACAUGUAUACACACUUGUGGGCCGGCGUGCAUGGGGGGCGGCCGCAUCCUGCAAAGGAGUCUUUAUCAAUAAGUAAAGUCUUGACCAGGAAAAGCACUUCUAUUCUAUUUUUAAAAUAUCUUUGCUUACAAGUCAAGGCUCUCUGUGUUUGUGUGUUGUUACCUUCGACACCAAUAAGUCACCUUUCUUCAUCCUGUCUCACAUCACAAUAUCAUUUCAAUAAAAUCAUGGAUGCUUUGGCCCCAGAUUUAAAAAUUCAGCACUCGUCACAUUUUUAUAACCCAUUUUUGUGCUUUUUAUAUCCACUUGCAAGCACAGGCCUGCUUGUUCUGUGCUGCUUUUGUCAACAAAACUAAUUGCUGUGCAUAGAAUUGCACUCUCUCCUUGCUGGCAUUGCCCUAAAUCCUCUUGGCUGGCACCUGUACUGCAGAGUCAUGAUCUAAACGCCUUCAACAUGUCUGAUUAGACAAGAGCAUCAUCACACACACACACAUACACACACACACAUCAUCCGACCCGCCAACAAGCGUCAAUGGCAACACAAAGCGAAGCCCCCCCCAACACACACACACACACAGUGACAUUGUAAGACGUGCAUGCAGAAUGUAUUGCAGAUGUCAUAUUACCUAAUCCGGAUGCUCCUCCGCGCCGUGCAUUCCGGCCCCACAAGGGGUGGGAGGGGGUGAUUUUUAGCGGACCUCAAUGAGGCUUUCACCGCAAAGGACAGUCCUGCGAACCCGCACGAAAACGCCCCCGUGCCUUUGGUGGACUGGUCACGCCUACCGCCGUCAGUCAACUAGAGGAGGCGGGGCGUACGGUUUCCACUUCAGGAGAAUCAGUUUCAAAAGCGCCUACGUGGAAAAGAAAAUCAGAGUAUAAACUUGGAAUAUUACCUCGAUAAAGUUUGAAUUUUACGGGAAGUAACGGGGGUAAAAUCUCUCUUCGUGAAUCUGAUUUUGUGAAAGGACGGAUGUCUGGAUGUCUAUUUUCAAUUAGGCGUCGACACGGGCAACUUGGGGUCCUUGGUGGACGGACCCCGAUAUUGUCAACAAGCGACUGGUGCCUUAAUUAAAAUUAAACCUUCGAUUUUAAAGGGCAGUAUUACUUUUUAACGCUACAGUUGACCGCCAAAUCAUGACGAAGGAGGAGAACGAAUUAGAAAAGCGUGCCAUUGAGGAGCUCCUGAGGGAGACUGACAGGGCUCGGCUGAGAGCCGAGACCAUGGGCCCUGCAGGAUGGUUGAAAUGUCCAUUGCGGAGCACCAACAAGCGCUUCCUUCUGAACACACUGCGCUCCACGGGCCUGGAGCGGCGCCCCGGGGAGCCCAAAGCAGCCGGACACGCGUCCAUGCGAGGACAUGCCAGGAAGGAUUCCCCGGAGAGGAGCCGCAGCAGAUCGCCUGCCAGACGUGACAGAGGACACUCCCACAAACGCCCCCACAGGAACGGUCACGAUGGACCCAAGGAAGGGGACAGGGGCCGGGAGAGGAGCCGGGGACACAAGGACAAGAGGGGCGAGACGUCCAGGGUGGACGGACACAAGUCAAAGAAGGACAAACGCUGACGGUUUUAGACUUUUUCAGGGAUGGAAGACUGCUUUUGCUGCUCUGAACCACUUUUUUUUUUUUUUAGUUCAUUUUCGAACUAAAUUGUUACUUCCUGUUCAAACAUAUCCCCCUAAAAAGAACACGGUAUUUAUUUGUCGGGCUGUCGGUUUGAUUUGAAUCCCAAUAGCAACGGCGCCGUUUAGUAGUCUAAUAAUGUUUACACAAGCCGAGCUGCAGUCGCUAAGCCGUUUUAUCGCAACUUCUUGACGCGUUUAUGCCGGCCGUCACACAUAGUCGUGUUUGUCAAAGGUGACGCCCCUCCAGGUGCACAAGCCCUCUUCAAGAACUUGCAAAGUCAUUUAUCAAGACGUGGCGACAUCGUUUUUCCUAUAAUGGUAGUAAAGCGAAAUAUUUUCCUGUUUUUUUUGUGUUUGGACUUGUUGUAGGAUAAAUCUCCCCUCUACGCCGUUUUGUCAUCAAAUCACGCCAAGCCGGGCCGCAUGACUCCUCGCUCACACCAUCAUGUAAAGAUGGUGACAUUACGUUUAAGGCACAUCACGUUAUUGUCUGUGUUCACGACACUGGAAGAUAUUAUCUUUGAACUGUUUCAUUCCUCUUCCUCUUGUAAACACCAUUACGUAACACACCCGUCAUGAUUGGCUCGGAUGGUGGGAACUUUGGAACGCUUCAUGCGAACCCUGAUGUGCCCCAAAUUAGAAUGCAACAUGGAUGAAAGACACAGAGCCGUGUUAAAAUGACAAAUAUAUUCGUUGGAAGUAUCUUUUUUUAACAGAUGCAUCACAGUAAUUAAUAAUGCCCUUCCCAAGCCACCAUUGCCACAAAUAGAUUGCGGUCCUGUGGGAAAGACUGCCCAUCUCCCAGUGAGCCUUGCCAGGGCGAGGGACUAGUGCUUGCGUUCAUUAUGCAACAUGAAGUCAUUCAUUGGCUCUUCUUUUGCCUUGUUUUCAGUCUUUUUAAUUAUUUUUAUGCCGGUAAAGUAAAGCUGUUCCAAAUUAGGACUAAGCAACCAAUCCCAUGCAAAGCGACUCCAGCCUGCAGCUCCCUGCACACACUCCCUUAAUUGGGUCCCAGCUAAACAUAAUUGGUUAACCAGUGGAGAGUUUGCUUAAUGGGGCCUAACAGGUACUGUACACACACACACACACACACACACACACACACACUAAUGGCCAGUAAACACGGCCAGACAGCAGACGCUCUUGUUUGUCAUGAAGGCGCCGCCUGCUAAAAGGUGUUAAAUGAUGCAUUUACAUCGGUGUCAUCAUGGGCAGGCUUCACCAGGCCUGCAAAAUAAACCCUUAUCUCCAACUUUUAUUCACAAUAGAAUGCAUUUGAAUCCGAGACUUAACUUUCCCUGUCUUUCUAAGAUGAAUCACCAGGUGUGGCCACAUUCUGCUCACCGUAGUCAAGGUUCCUCAACGGCAAAUGGCCAAUGGUUGUGGCGAUGCAGGGUCACAUGAUCCGAGCGAGGCACACCUGUAUGUUUCCUUGAGGGCCCCCUCCCUGCAAGUGGGGGCCAGCCGCAGAGGAGAAGAUCCACGCAGGGGGCAAGGGCCCUGC